ACGAGGGCAAGGCAGGCCGCGGGACAGAAACCCUAACUCUCGCCCCCCCCCUCCCCCACCCUCUCAUUCACCACCUCGAUUUCUGCGUUUGAAUUCCGCGUCGACCAAACCUUCGCCUUUCCCCUCUUGUUCCCCUAAUCCUCGCGUUUCCAGGCUCCAGUUUGACCUAUUGACUAUUGUUGUCCAUCUGACGUUGCUGCGGGGCCGCGGCUUUCCUUUUCUACCUGCCGCGCCUUGGAUCUGGGCUAUAGUGCGGUGAAUUGGUUGCUUUGAUUGGGAAGUUUGAGUUUUGAAGGGGGUUCGGGUGCGGUGAAUGGAGCUUCGGAAGUGAUUUUGGUUUGGGAGCUGGAAAUGAGGGUGGAGAUCAAUGGGUUGUGGAUGUGCUGAAUCUGGAGUUGAGAGAAUUAGUGAAUUGCGGGUAUAAGAGUCUUCUCACGAUGUACCAUGCAAAGAAAUUUUCAACUGUUUCCAUGGUCCCACAUAAGGCCCAAGGCACCGAGCAGCUUGUUAAUGCUGGAGUUAUGGGUGGAUCGAAUGUAAGCAAUCCAACUAAUUCUGGAGGAAGUGGGAAACAACGACUAAGGUGGACUGCAGAUCUUCAUGACCGCUUCGUUGAUGCAAUCACACAGCUCGGUGGACCAGAUAGAGCAACACCUAAAGGGGUUCUACGAGUAAUGGGUGUACCAGGAAUUACAAUUUAUCAUGUCAAAAGCCACUUACAGAAGUACCGCCUUGCAAAAUAUCUACCAGAAUCUCCGGCCGAUGGUUCAAAAGAUGAAAAGAAGGAUUCUGCUGAUACCCUCUCUAGCAUGGAUUCUGCAUCAGGAAUACAGAUCAACGAAGCUUUGAAAAUGCAAAUGGAGGUUCAGAAGCGGCUCCACGAACAGCUUGAGGUCCAAAGACAGUUACAGCUGAGAAUUGAAGCUCAGGGGAGGUACCUAGAGAAAAUCAUCGACGAGCAGCAGAAGCUAAGUGGUGCACUUAAAGCCCCUGGGGAAGAACAAAACCCCUCGCCGUCUCCAUCAGCUUCGCAGGACUGCCUUGGUGACCCUUCUUCUCCACUCAAGAAACAAAGGAUUGCUGAUCAGUCACCAGACCCAACCCAUGAAAUGCCUCCACCAGAGUCCAAGCCUCAUUUCAUUGGUCAGUAAGAUCAGGAAUUGUAUGAAAGUAAUGUUGCUUGUUUUUCUUUUGACUUGGGGUCAGAAUUUAAAGAGGGUGGAAAUAAUUGUGAGCAGCAGGAACAGCAGUUUGUGGGGGCUACUGCUGACAAAAGUUGAAAUGGUGGUCCAAAGCAAAGAGCUCUCGAUCAGUCUCUGGACCUGCCCCCAUUAUAUUGCUUCAUCCGCACUGGAAUGUGUAAUCUUUCGUGAUUGAUGUGCUGUUCAUGCUUGCAUUGUACAAUUCAUGCACUCUCGGCCAUUUGUAAUUAUAUCCAGUAUCUAGUAUAAGUACCUGUUCACUA